UCGUUAGAACUCCAGCCUUGUCCAAAACCAAACCUACCCCCUUCUGCUAUUCCUUGUGUCACUAAUGCAUGAUCAAAUUUAAACGUUCAAACCCAACAAUUCCCAGCCGGUGUUUGUUCACAAUUCUGUUUCUUCACUCGCGAUGCUUCAUACCCAGAAGGCAAAUUGAAUAAAUUUGAUCCCAGCUCCUGUUUUACUUUUUUCAGAGGUCUGUGACCCCGUUUCUUCUUUGUUUCCUGUACGAAUUUGCAGGGCAGCAUGUCUGAAUCUCAAAGGAGUUCCGCAACGGCCAGUGUAGGGCGUGGGGACGGCUACAUAAAUGGGGUGGUUUCUAUUAGGAGUGCUGCUACAAUAUCUGCAGUCGAUGAGUUCUGCUAUGCUCUUGGAGGAAAGAGGCCAAUCCAUAGUAUUUUAAUUGCAAACAAUGGAAUGGCGGCAGUCAAAUUUAUGCGUAGUGUUAGGACAUGGGCUUAUGAAACAUUUGGAACAGAGAAGGCAAUCCUGUUGGUGGCCAUGGCUACUCCAGAGGACAUGAGAAUCAAUGCAGAACAUAUUAGAAUUGCUGAUAAGUUUGUGGAAGUUCCUGGUGGGACAAAUAAUAAUAACUAUGCCAAUGUGCAGCUCAUUGUAGAGUUGGCAGAGAUAACUCAUGUUGAUGCAGUUUGGCCUGGUUGGGGCCAUGCAUCUGAGAUCCCUGAGCUGCCUGAUGCAUUGGAUGCAAAGGGAAUCAUAUUUCUUGGGCCUCCAGCUACAUCUAUGGCAGCACUGGGAGAUAAGAUUGGUUCAUCAUUGAUUGCUCAAGCGGCAGAAGUCCCCACCCUUCCAUGGAGUGGCUCUCAUGUGAAAAUUCCACCAGAAAGUUGUUUGGUCACAAUUCCAGAUGACAUAUACAGGGAAGCAUGUGUUUAUACAACAGAGGAAGCAAUUGCGAGCUGCCAGGUUGUAGGUUACCCUGCAAUGAUUAAGGCAUCUUGGGGUGGUGGUGGUAAAGGCAUAAGAAAGGUUCAUAAUGAUGAUGAAGUUAGGGCAUUAUUCAAGCAAGUUCAAGGUGAAGUUCCAGGCUCUCCCAUAUUCAUAAUGAAGGUUGCUUCACAGAGCCGGCAUUUAGAAGUCCAGUUACUCUGUGAUCAGUAUGGAAAUGUUGCAGCUUUGCAUAGUCGUGAUUGCAGUGUUCAAAGGCGGCAUCAGAAGAUUAUUGAGGAGGGUCCAAUCACUGUAGCUCCUCUAGAGACAGUGAAAAAGCUCGAGCAGGCCGCUAGAAGGUUAGCUAAAUCUGUAAACUAUGUUGGAGCAGCUACUGUGGAGUAUCUCUACAGUAUGGAGUCUGGCGAGUACUAUUUCUUAGAGCUCAACCCCCGGUUGCAGGUGGAGCAUCCUGUCACCGAAUGGAUAGCUGAAAUCAAUCUACCGGCAGCCCAAGUUGCAGUUGGGAUGGGUAUCCCUCUCUGGCAGAUUCCUGAGAUACGGCGAUUUUACGGAAUGGAAUAUGGUGGAGGAUAUGAUGCUUGGAGGAAAACAUCAGCUCUUGCCACCCCAUUCGAUUUUGACAAGGCACAAUCUACAAGGCCAAAAGGUCACUGUGUAGCUGUGCGUGUAACAAGUGAGGACCCAGAUGAUGGUUUUAAGCCUACAAGUGGGAAAGUACAGGAACUGAGUUUUAAAAGCAAGCCAAAUGUGUGGGCAUACUUCUCUGUUAAGUCAGGAGGAGGAAUUCAUGAAUUCUCAGAUUCUCAGUUUGGACAUGUUUUCGCAUUUGGAGAGUCCAGAGCUAUAGCUAUUGCAAAUAUGGUGCUUGGUCUAAAGGAGAUUCAAAUUCGGGGAGAGAUUCGUACCAAUGUUGAUUAUACGAUUGAUCUUUUGCAUGCUUCAGAUUACAGAGAAAAUAAAAUCCACACCGGCUGGUUGGAUAGUAGAAUUGCAAUGAGAGUUAGAGCAGAAAGGCCUCCCUGGUAUCUCUCCGUUGUUGGAGGGGCUCUGUUUAAAGCAUCUGCUAGCAGUGCAGCUGUUGUUUCAGAUUAUGUUGGUUAUCUUGAAAAGGGGCAAAUCCCACCCAAGCAUAUAUCCCUUGUCCACUCUCAAGUGUCCUUGAACAUUGAAGGAAGCAAAUAUACAAUUGACAUGAUUAGGGGGGGACCAGGAAGCUAUAGGUUGAGGCUGAACGAGUCAGAGAUGGAAACAGAGAUACAUACUUUACGUGAUGGGGGUUUAUUGAUGCAGUUGGAUGGAAACAGUCAUGUCAUAUAUGCAGAGGAAGAAGCAGCUGGAACUCGUCUUCUCAUUGAUGGAAGGACUUGCUUACUUCAGAAUGAUCACGAUCCAUCCAAGUUGGUAGCAGAAACACCAUGCAAGCUGCUGAGGUAUCUGGUUUUGGAUGGUUGUCAUGUUGAUGCUGACACACCGUAUGCAGAGGUUGAAGUUAUGAAGAUGUGUAUGCCUCUUCUUUCACCAGCUUCUGGAGUUAUCCACUUUAAAAUGUCAGAAGGUCAAGCAAUGCAGGCUGGUGAACUCAUAGCUAGGCUUGAUCUGGAUGAUCCUUCGGCUGUAAGAAAAGCGGAACCUUUCCAUGGAAGCUUCCCAGUCCUGGGGCCCCCAACUGCAAUUUCUGGGAAAGUUCAUCAGAAAUGUGCUGCAAGUUUAAAUGCAGCCCAAAUGAUUAUUGCAGGUUAUGAGCACAACAUAGAUGAAGUAGUGCAAAACUUGCUCAACUGCCUUGAUAGUCCUCAACUCCCUUUCCUUCAAUGGCAAGAGUGCUUGUCUGUUCUGCAAAGCCGCCUCCCAAAAGAUCUCAAGAGUGGGUUGGAAUCAAAAUUUAAGGAGUUCGAGGGGAUCUCAAGCUCCCAGAAUGUUGAUUUCCCUGCCAAAAUAUUACGGGGCGUUCUUGAAGCCCAUCUAUCCUCCUGUCCUGAUAAAGAAAAAGGAGCGCAAGAAAGGCUUGUUGAACCUUUGAUGAGUCUUGUUAAGUCUUAUGAGGGUGGAAGAGAGAGUCAUGCCCGUGUUAUUGUUCAGUCGCUUUUUGAAGGGUAUUUGUCUGUUGAAGAAUUAUUCAGUGACAACAUCCGGGCUGAUGUAAUUGAACGUCUUCGACUUCAAUAUAACAAAGAUCUUUUGAAGGUUGUGGACAUUGUACUUUCUCAUCAGGGUGUCAGGAGUAAAAAUAAGCUGAUAUUGCAACUCAUGGAACAACUGGUUUAUCCUAAUCCAGCUGCGUAUAGAGAUAUACUAAUCCGAUUCUCUGCACUAAACCAUACAAAUUAUUCUGAGUUGGCACUCAAGGCAAGUCAACUGCUGGAACAAACUAAACUGAGUGAGCUUCGUUCCAGCAUCGCCAGAAGUCUUUCUGAACUAGAGAUGUUUACCGAGGAUGGUGAAAGUAUGGAUACUCCCAAAAGGAAAAUUGCCAUUAAUGAAAGAAUGGAGGAUCUUGUGAGUGCUCCUUUGGCAGUUGAAGAUGCCCUUGUUGGUCUCUUUGAUCACAGUGAUCACACCCUUCAAAGACGGGUUGUGGAGACUUAUGUUCGUAGGCUGUACCAGCCCUAUCUUGUGAAGGGGAGUGUAAGGAUGCAGUGGCACAGAUCUGGUCUAAUUGCUUCAUGGGAGUUUUUAGAGGGGCAUAUUGAGAGAAAGAAUGGGACGGAAUUUCAAAUGUCUGAAAAACCAGUGCUUGAGAAUCAUAGUGAGAGAAAAUGGGGAGCCAUGGUUAUUAUCAAGUCACUUCAAUUCCUUCCAUCAAUUAUCAAUGCUGCACUGAGAGAAACACCCCAUAACCAUCAAGAAACAGUUUCAAAUGGAUCAGUAGAACCAGCUAGCUUUGGUAAUAUGAUGCAUAUUUCGCUGGUGGGCAUCAACAAUCAGAUGAGUUUACUUCAGGAUAGUGGUGAUGAAGAUCAGGCUCAAGAGAGAAUUAACAAGUUAGCCAAAAUACUUAAAGAGCAAGAAGUAGGUUCUAGCCUAAGCACUGCUGGUGUUGGGGUAAUAAGCUGUAUCAUACAGAGGGAUGAAGGGCGAGCCCCUAUGAGGCACUCCUUCCACUGGUCAGCAGAAAAUUUCUAUUACGAGGAGGAGCCUCUAUUGCGUCAUCUGGAGCCUCCAUUAUCCAUUUACCUUGAAUUGGACAAGCUUAAAGGCUAUGAAAAUAUACAUUAUACCCCAUCUCGGGACCGUCAAUGGCACUUGUACAAUGUUGUCGACAAGCCACUGCCUAUCCCAAGGAUGUUCCUCAGAACACUUGUAAGACAGUCCACAUCAAAUGAAGGACUUACAGCAUAUCAGCGUCUCGAGGCUGAAAUAACACGUAUCCAAUGGGCUAUGUCUUUUACUUCACGAAGCAUUUUAAGGUCCUUAAUGGCUGCAAUGGAGGAGUUGGAACUUAAUGCACACAAUACUAAAGUCAAAUCUGACCAUGCCCAUAUGUACCUUUAUAUUGUACGCGAGCAGCAAAUAGACGAUCUUGUGCCUUACCCAAAGAGAGUUGACAUAGCUGCUGAGCAAGAAGAAAGUGCUGUUGACGCGAUCUUGAAGGAACUGGCACAUGAAAUUCACGUGUCUGUUGGUGUUAGAAUGCAUAGAUUAGGUGUUUGUGAGUGGGAAGUGAAGCUUUGGAUGACAUCUUCUGGACAGGCGAAUGGUGCCUGGAGGGUUGUGGUAACAAAUGUGACUGGUCACACCUGCACUGUACAUAUAUAUCGAGAACUAGAGGAUACCAGCACACGCAAAGUGGUCUACCAUUCACUCUCUGGUGUGGGUCCUCUGCAUGGUGUACCAGUGAAUGCACAGUAUCAGCCUUUGGGAGUGCUUGAUAGGAAACGUCUUGUGGCCAGGAGAAGCAACACCACAUACUGCUAUGAUUUUCCACUGGCAUUCAAGACGGCCUUGGAACAGUCGUGGGCUUUCCAGUAUCCAGGUAUCAAGAAACCCAAGGAUGAAGUUCUACUUAAAGUCACAGAGCUCAAAUUUGCAGACCAAAGAGGUGCCUGGGGUACUCCUCUUGUUCCUGUGGAGCGGACGCCUGCCCUCAACGAUGUUGGCAUGGUAGCCUGGUUCAUGGAAAUGUCUACUCCUGAGUUCCCUUCUGGAAGGACGAUUCUGGUGGUAACAAAUGAUGUCACCUUCAAAGCUGGUUCUUUUGGCCCAAGAGAGGAUGCAUUCUUUCUUGCAGUAACUGAUCUUGCUUGCACUAAGAAACUCCCAUUAAUUUACUUGGCAGCAAACUCUGGUGCCCGUAUUGGGGUAGCUGAUGAAGUCAAAGCCUGCUUUAAAGUUGGUUGGUCUGAUGAAUCAAGCCCAGAGCGUGGUUUUCAAUAUGUAUAUCUAACCCCCGAGGAUUAUGCUCGGAUUGGAUCUUCUGUAAUAGCACAUGAAAUGAAGUUGGUGAGUGGGGAAACCAGAUGGGUUAUAGAUACAAUUGUGGGGAAGGACGACGGCUUGGGGGUUGAGAACUUAACUGGAAGUGGGGCCAUUGCUGGUGCAUAUUCAAGGGCAUACAAGGAAACGUUUACCUUAACAUAUGUGACUGGCAGGACUGUUGGUAUAGGUGCUUAUUUAGCUCGGCUUGGGAUGCGGUGCAUACAGAGGCUUGAUCAGCCCAUAAUUCUAACUGGUUUCUCUGCACUAAACAAGCUUCUUGGCCGGGAAGUAUACAGCUCCCACAUGCAACUUGGUGGACCUAAAAUUAUGGCAACUAAUGGGGUUGUUCAUCUAACAGUUUUAGAUGAUCUUGAAGGUAUAUCAGCUAUCUUGAAGUGGCUAAGCUAUAUUCCUGCCUAUAUAGGUGGUGCACUUCCCAUUCUUAGUCCCUCAGAUCCUCCGGAAAGGCCUGUUGCAUACCUCCCUGAAAACUCAUGUGAUCCUCGUGGUGCUAUUUGUGGCACUUUGGAUGAUGGUGGAAAGUGGAUGGGCGGCCUUUUUGAUAAGGACAGCUUUGUUGAGACACUAGAAGGCUGGGCAAGAACAGUUGUUACAGGAAGGGCAAAGCUUGGAGGAAUACCUGUAGGAAUAGUUGCCGUUGAGACACAGACGGUCAUGCAAGUUAUACCAGCUGACCCAGGCCAGCUUGAUUCACAUGAGAGGGUUGUCCCUCAGGCUGGGCAGGUAUGGUUUCCUGAUUCUGCGACUAAGACGGCCCAAGCUUUAUUGGAUUUUAACAGAGAAGAGCUCCCACUUUUCAUUCUUGCCAACUGGAGAGGCUUUUCAGGUGGGCAGAGGGAUCUUUUUGAAGGAAUCCUUCAGGCUGGAUCAACCAUUGUUGAGAAUCUUAGAACGUACAAGCAGCCUGUUUUUGUAUACAUCCCAAUGAUGGGUGAGCUCCGUGGCGGGGCAUGGGUGGUUGUGGAUAGUCGGAUCAAUUCAAAUCAUAUUGAAAUGUAUGCUGAUCGAACAGCUAAAGGUAAUGUCCUUGAGCCAGAAGGAAUGAUCGAGAUCAAGUUUAGAACAAAGGAGCUGCUAGAGUGCAUGGGUAGACUCGAUCAACAGCUGAUCAAUCUGAGGGCAAAACUUCAGGAAGCCAGGAGUAGUGGGAACCAUGGGAUGGUUGAAUCUUUGCAGCAGCAGAUACGAACCCGUGAGAAGCAGCUUCUGCCUUUGUACACCCAGAUAGCCACCAAAUUUGCUGAGCUACAUGACACUUCCCUGAGGAUGGCUGCAAAAGGGGUCAUUAGAGAAGUUGUGGACUGGGCUAACUCUCGUCCUUUCUUCUACCGGAGAUUGCGAAGGAGAAUUGCUGAAGAGUCGCUGAUCAAGACUGUAACAAAUGCUUCUGGUGACCAACUGUCGCAUCAAUCUGCAAUGGACUUGAUCAAGAACUGGUUUUUGGACUCUAAUAUUGCUGAAGGAAGAGAAGAGGCUUGGGUAGAUGAUGAAGCUUUCUUUAGGUGGAAGGAUAAUCAAAGCAAUUAUGUGGAUAAACUAAAGCAGCUGCAGGUCCAGAAGGUAUUGCUUCAAUUAACAAGUAUUGGGGACUCAAUAUCAGAUUUGCAAGCCCUGCCUCAAGGUCUUGCUGCACUUCUAAGCAAGGUGGAGCCAACGAUACGUGCGCCAUUAAUUGAUGAACUUCGCAAGGUGCUUGGAUGAAAAAUUUGUGCUUCACAGGUGAUUUUGAUCUCAGAAUUUGCUUGUGCUGUUGCUGCCUGAAUCAGUUAAUCUUGAUAACUUGAGGUAUUGUGAUUGUCACCCUUCAAAGGUAGGAGCUCCUUGUCCUGGUUAGGGUUCAAAGUGUCAAUUUUUCUAUUCUUUCUAGUUGAUGUAGCUAUAAGCAGGUUCAUUUGUUUACUGCAUGGCUGAUCUACCUUAUUAGCUAAUAUUUAAAUAAUUUUGUAACUGUCUUAUUAAUUAGUCUGUAUAUGAAAUUAUGAAGGCAAUUUCUUAAGGACUU